GUCAACCGCGGGCCCGGCCUGGGCUCCAGGCAGGGCCAGACCAUCGCGCUGCCGGCCCAGGGGCUCAUCGAGUUCCGCGACGCGCUGGCCAAGCUCAUCGACGACUACGGCGUGGAGGAGGAGCCGGCCGAGCUGCCCGAGGGCACCUCCUUGACUGUGGACAACAAGCGCUUCUUCUUCGACGUGGGCUCCAACAAGUACGGCGUGUUCAUGCGGGUGAGCGCCAGGCAGGGCCAGACCAUCGCGCUGCCGGCCCAGGGGCUCAUCGAGUUCCGCGACGCGCUGGCCAAGCUCAUCGACGACUACGGCGUGGAGGAGGAGCCGGCCGAGCUGCCCGAGGGCACCUCCUUGACUGUGGACAACAAGCGCUUCUUCUUCGACGUGGGCUCCAACAAGUACGGCGUGUUCAUGCGGGUGAGCGAGGUGAAG